AGGGAGUUUCGAGAAAUAAGCUUGGAUCAAGCACUUACGUUUGUGCCACCAAGACGCAAGUUCGUCGUUGCUUGUUGAGACUAGUGCAGCUGAGACCUUGUUGAAGAUCAUGGAGAAGGAGAGCGGAUAUAUCAGCGUCCUCGAACGGCGAUGUAGCAGCUGCACACUCAUUCAACCUCUCUUCGUCCACUCCAAACACAUUCAAGAGCCACACGACAGAAACCCCAUCGACCACCAAAAAUGAAGUUCAUCCUCAGCACCCUCCUCCUAGCCUUCAGCAUCGGCUCAGCAACAGCCGCCUCCUUCGACGACCUUCCACCGUGCUCAAAACAAUGCAUCAAAGAUGCCAUCAAAUCUUCUACAACUUGUGCCGAAACAGACAUCAAAUGUGCUUGCGCGAAUAAGGACAAGAUUCAGCAAGCGGGUGCUCAGUGUGUUGUUGCGGCUUGUGGAAUGGAUGUUGCGCUCAACCAAGUUGUGCCCGCUGUAGAGAAUGGUUGUAAGGCGCCUUGAAUGGAUGAUACUCCGGGACUGCGACUCGAGAGUGUAUCAAGAUCGAAGUUGGAGUAGGAGCAGACGCCGGAGAUGCGGAGGAGCGAUGUAACCUACUGGAAAUGUUAGCGUAUACAGCACACCGAGCGGA